AGGGUAAAUUAAUGGAGGCAAGUAUAGGAGGAAGGAUCUAUGUCCCUUUUUUACAAAACAAAGCAUAUUUUUGUACAUAAUCUAAUCAAAUUUUAUACAUCUUUAUGAAGAAAGAAAAGUAGGGGCUUUUCAGGUCAGAGUGGAGUAGUCAGAACGGAUGGGAGGUAAUUCUGGCCAAACGACUACAUAAUUUGUAGCCGUGGAAACCAUAAUGUCAUGCCAAAUUGUUUGAUUGAAAAAGAAUCUUUUGUAGUAGCUAGAAAGUUCAAUUUGAAAUAAACAAUUUGGUAGUACUCCAAUAGAAUAUGGACCACCAUGAAGCCACAAUUUUAACAACUUGUCAUCCUCUAUUGAUACCCACGUGUUUCAUGAAAAUUCUGUUCUUCUUUUGGUUAAAUUCAUGAAAAUUCUCAUUAGAUCCCAUCCUACCUUUCCUUAAAAAAGAUAAAAUAAGAUCCAUCCAUUUAUUGCACUCUUUGACUACUCAAAAUCACAAUUAACGAUGUUUUGGAAGCGCGGUCACUGGAACUAACAACCUCAUCAAUUCAACAAAGAAGACUCCUCGUUGUUUCAAAAUUUAGCGCUACGUAAUUCCCAACUGUCUUCCUAUAAAUUAAUUAAUUAAUUCUACCCACCCAACCAAUUCCUUCGAUUCACAUCCAUUUUUCUAGUAUUGGUCUUAUCCUUCUCCAUAGUAAAUAUUGAACAUGGCUAUUGAGGAAUCGGAUUGUGUAAUUGAUGAAAAACCGGCGUCCGCUCAGAUGCCGGCGGAGUUUAAAGGGACGGAUUCUGGUUCUGUACUCCACACAUCAGUAGCGUUGGUUCUAUGGCUUGGCUCCGUCCAUUUCAACUUCAUUAUUGUUCUUGCUUCCUUUGUAUUUCUUCCUUUCUCCAAAGCAAUCGCAGUUGUAGGAAUUUUGCUCAUACUUAUGCUGAUUCCGAUUGAUGAGAAGAAUAAAUUCGGCCGAGGAUUAGCUAAGUACAUCUGUAAGCAUGCUUGUGGAUACUUUCCGGUGCAUUUGUAUGUAGAGGACAUCAAAGCAUUUGAUCCUAAUGAAGCUUAUGUUUUUGGGUAUGAGCCGCAUUCCGUUUGGCCAAUUGGGGUGGUUGCCCUUGCUGAUCUUUCCGGUUUCAUGCCUCUCCCAAAAAUCAAAGUGCUUGCGAGUACUGCUGUGUUCUAUACUCCCUUUUUGCGGCAUAUCUGGACUUGGUUAGGACUUGCACCUGCAACUAGGAAAAAUUUUAAAUCCCUCUUAGCUUCUGGUCACAGCUGCAUCAUAGUGCCAGGAGGGGUUCAAGAGGCAUUUUAUAUGGAGCAUGGUUCUGAGAUUGCCUACCUUCAAAGAAGGAAAGGAUUUGUACGAAUUGCCAUGGAGGCGGGCAAGCCGCUGGUACCUGUAUUCUGUUUCGGUCAGUCUGACGUCUACAAAUGGUGGAAGCCAAGCGGGAAACUGUUCUUGGAAUUCUCUAGGCUCAUUAAGUUCACUCCAAUUCUUUUUUGGGGCGUGCUGGGUUCUCCGAUACCAUUUCCACGGCCCAUGCAUGUUGUAGUUGGUAGGCCAAUUGUGCUGAAGAAAAACCCAGAGCCAACACCUGAACAGGUGGCUGAAGUGCACAGUCGGUUUAUUGAAGCACUGGAAGAACUCUUUGAAAGGCACAAAAAGAGAGUUGGUUAUGAAGAUAUCCCACUGAGAGUUCUUUAACUUAGUAUGUAUCAUGUGUAUCUAGAUCUUCUCGUAGCUGGUUUUGUGUAACUGGAUUUAUGCCUUUUCUUGUCUUACUUUCGCUCUCUCCGUUUGUCCUCCAUCUAACUUUGGGGAAGUCAUGGAGAAAGGCAGUUUGGGAAAAGAGAAAUUAAUGAUAAAGAAAUUUGCCGUCACCAA